AUGGCCCAUCUUCUAACCCUUCCUCUGGAAAUCCUACAUAUCAUAUGUGCGAAUCUCUGCCGUCAUUGCACCAGCGAAACCGUUGAGCCCACGGAGCCCGUCGUGUCCAUUGAGCCCAUUGACCCUGAGAAACUGCACGAGGCGUGUUUCAAAGGAGCCAAGGCUUUUGUCAUGGACAAUGCCAGGGUCAGGAUCGCAGCACUGUCCGCCAUGACACAGACGUCGUUCACCGCCAUUAUUUUACCCUUUGGCGCCAACCUUGAAAUUCUACAUCUCGAAUUAGAUCAAGGCCGCAAAUUUCCCUCUUGUGAGCCUGGGUCACUUCCGCGCCUGAAGGAACUGGUUGUAAAGAGCUGGCAUAGAGGGCGACCCGCAGACAUCACAGUCAUUGCGUCGGUACUCAUCGCAGCUCCAGCUCUGGAGCGCCUCGGGGGCCUUGUAGUCUACUGCAAUGCUGACUGGGAGACACCCCAACCACCAAUUCAUGAAGGCGUCAAAGAGAUAUGGCUCGAACGCUGUGCGGUGAGCGCCGAAGGGGUUACUGCACUUCUGGGUCUAUUUUCCAGGCUAGAAGCCUUCACUUAUGAGCCAGACGGUGAAAAUUAUGAGGUGGAGGUGGAUGAGGCCUCUCCGUCGGAAAUCGGUAAAGCUAUCCUGCUUUGCCAGGAAUGUCGGUUUCUAUCUCUGGACUUUACCGACAGCAGCUACGGGCACCAAACUUCUCCGACGGACCAGUUGGGCAGUCUUGCAGAGCUGAAGAAACUGCAAAAGUUUCGCGUCAAGGGGUUGCCCUUGCUCUGUACGACACUAUGGGAGCAUACUUUGUGGAUAGGUCUUCUUGGUGUUAAGAUUUACGAGAUGCUUUUGGCUUUAAUCACUGAGCUUGAAGUCACACGCUUAAAAAUUAUCAUUUUUGAUGACAUGCUUGAGCUCUCGAGGGUGGCAAGCCAGAGAUUUCCGUACCUGAAGCAUGUAUCAAUUGAUGGGGUUGAGCAGGACUGGCAGUGCAUGCUUUGGGAUAGUCAACACGGCAUGGGGUUGAAGAGGAUCAAUGAGUUGCGUCAAGCGUUUCGACAGAGCGGGGUUGAGCUUUUGAUGGGUGAUUUUGGAAAGUAUAGGUGUUGGCUGACCUAG